ACAGAAAUAGGUAGUCAAAACCUUAUCGAAUCUUUAUAACUUCUUCGAUUUGUACAAAAGAUACUAAUUUGAAAUUAAAUAGAUACGAAAAAAUUCAAAUAUUAAUUAUGACUGUGGUUAGGAAUUGUUUAAUGAAGGCAGUUUUUAAGAGGGCCUUGCUUGCAUCAAACACUGGAGCCAAUCUAUUUUCAACUUCAUCCAAUUAUCGAAAAGUUUUCACUCUUCAAGAUUUAUCUGAAUUUAAUGAAACAGUACUUAAAAGUGAACUUCCUGUUGUAGUUGAUUUUAAAGCAAGCUGGUGUGGACCAUGCAAAAUGUUAGAACCUAGGCUUGAAACUGUAGUUGCAAAAAAUGCUGACAAAGUUCACUUAGUUAAAGUUGAUAUUGAUACUUUUCAAGAUCUUGCUAUGGAAUAUGAGGUUGAAAGUGUUCCUUGUGUCAUAGGUUUCAAAAAUGGCAAAGUGCAGAAGAACUUCAUAGGUUUACAAGAUGAAGAUAAAAUCGAAAGUUUUGUGAAUGAAUUAAUUGGCAGCUAAAUAAUUUGUAACAAAUAUUUUCAUAUUUAGUAUAUACUUCGAAUCGCAUAUAUUUUUUGUAAAUUUUACUUUGUGAUGAGAACUAGUUAAAAUUCUUCUAUAAAGUUAAUAAAUAAAUUAGUUUUACAUUG